UCGUACGUGUCCAUAUUUGCUGCUCCAGUCUCCAGAGGAUUUCAAGAUGGCCGCGCCUGGGUUACAAGGACCUGUUCGAGGAAACUGUUUGUCAGACCCCGGUUAGCUCCUGCCGAAGACGUCGUGACCGUGGUAAGAGACUCGAGCUGGACCAUGUGGGUACUCUUUCUUCUGCCUCUGGUGUGGGCUAUCCCGAAACCCACGAUCACACCACUCACCCCCUCGGGACUAAGAUGGGAAAUACCAGACGCCGACUAUGAGUUGGUGGCCAUUCACUUCAGCAUCAACCAGGAUCUCACAGGCGUCCAAGCCGGCCGCUACAACGUUGACGUCAGGACCAAGCAAGGGUCGUCGUGGGUGUACGUGCAGGACGGAGUCACCUUACAUCCUGGGGACACCGUACACUACUGGUUGUACGCACUGUCACGUGGACGGCCGUCCCAGGACCUAAACCAGGUGUGGACCUACAGUGGUCCCAAUACACAGCCCCCGGUAACUCACGCACCAGUGACUCACGCACCUGUGACUCACGCACCUGUGACGAACAAACCUGCCCAUAAUCCAAAGACGGAAGCUGUCACUCACAAAACGCCAUCUAGCGGCCACAACAUAGACAGCGUUAGUUUCAACGCUGUCCAGAAAGACUGCGACGACUCGCCUGUGUGCACCAGCUACCCGUGCCUCAUCUUUGACGAUGAAUUUAAUACCUUUGAUCUGAAGACGUGGGAGCACGAGAUCACGGCGGGAGGAGGUGGGAACUGGGAAUUCCAGUACUACACCAACAACCGAACCAACAGCUAUGUGAAGAACGGUGUUCUCUACUUGAAACCCACAUUGACAUCAGACCAGUACGGCCUUAACUUCUUGGAGCACGGCAAACUGGAACUGUGGGGCGCUGGUCCCUACGACACAUGCACCGGAAACCAGUUCUACGGCUGCGAGAGACAGGGCGCCCCUGGGCGUUUGGUGAACCCUAUCCAAUCAGCGAAGAUCCGGAGCUCACGUGGUUUUAACUUCAAAUAUGGGAAGGUUGAGAUCGAGGCUAAGCUUCCAACAGGAGACUGGCUGUGGCCGGCUAUCUGGAUGAUGCCGACAUACGACAGCUAUGGCGGAUGGCCUGCUUCCGGUGAAAUCGACAUCAUGGAGAGUCGAGGCAAUCUGCACUACCACGAUUCCAAAGGUCAGUCGCAAGGCGUGAACCGCAUGGGCAGUACAAUCCACUUCGGUCCAGACUGGACACACGACAAUUGGGGACGUGGACAUGCAGAAAAGGACAGUAAACAUGGAACAUUUGGAGAUUCCUUCCACAAGUACGGCCUGGAGUGGGACGAAAAUAACAUGAAAUUUUUCCUUGACGACGAGUUAAUCCUCACUGUGGAUCCCGGUAACGACGGAUUCUGGAAAUAUGGCGGCUAUGACAAAACACAUUUCACCAAUCCUUGGGCUGGAGCAUCAAAGAUGGCCCCCUUUGACCAAGAGUUCUUCAUCAUCCUCAACGUCGCCGUGGGCGGACAGAACUUCUUCCCCGACAGUUUCACAAACACUGGGUACGCCAAGCCCUGGAAAGAUGCCGACAGCACCGCGUUCUGGAACGCCAGGAAUCUCUGGUACCCCACCUGGAAACCGAACCAGAACAACGGUGAAGAUGCGGCUAUGCAAAUCAACUACGUCAAAGUCUGGAAACUGAAGCCAUAAGCUUUGCGGACGCCAUUGUGUGAAUGUCGUUACAUUUUAGUAUUUUGAGCAUUUAGCCUGCAAAGAGUGUUAUACUGCAAGUGAAUGCUGAAAUAAAACAAGCCAUCUUCUUGUU